GGCAAAACCAUCACAACAACUCCCUUUGUCUUACUAGUUUUUGUCUCCACUUACCAAGCCAUUCUUCAACUCCUCCUCCCGCCACAUUGCAUUUCCAGCAGACACCUACACAGAAUCCUCUCUCUAAAUCAAGCCCUUUCCCAUGGCUUUUUCUCCAUUACCCUCUAAACGCUGCUUUUUCCCCUCUGCACCGACUCCCCACUUCCCCUCUUCUUCUUCCUCCUCUCUCCUCUCACCCCAAAAGAUUCCCCCCUAAGGAAGAAUUACCCACUAUAACCCUACCCGUCACCUAUCAAUUCUGCAAAAUUCCCCAUCCUUUUAGCCUAUAAUUUGAUCAGAUUUCACUUCCUCUUUGGGGAUUUCCAGCGUUGCACUGAGUGUUUUCAAGGGUUUCAAUGACCGGUGGUAGCCCAAAUUUGGGGCUUAACGGGAAUGACAAGCCGAAAAUGGAGUCGGUGCCAAGCUUGAUCUCGGCGACGGCGGCCACGGCUGAGGCGCCUAAAUUGAGUUUUUUCCCGAGCUUUGAGGUCGGGGAGAAUGUGGCUGUUCCUGUGUUGCAGUCACGGCCAGGUUUUGUUCCACUUCCGGCUAGCUCCAGGCAUAGAGAGUCUGAGCUCAUACCUGUUUUUUCUGGGGUCAAUACACUAUGGGGUUCCCAGGUUGUUGGAAGUCCAUAUCAGGUUCAUGGCCUUCAGUAUGGCAAUAUGUGUGUUCCAGUUGCCCCAUGGUCAAACUUGAAGCGGAAGGCUGAGUCAACUGGAGACUUGUAUAACCGCCCACCUAUGGAUGCUUUCUUUGGUCAUAUCCCAGGUGGUUUUGGUCGGGAUUCAGUAUUUCAUGCAGGCUUCAUGCCCAUUCAAGCAGUGUUCCAGAAUCCUUUUAUGCCCACCGCAGUGAGGGCUCCACCUUUGAGUUACAACCUUUCUGCACCCCUCAGCAUUGAAGUGGCUAAACGUCCUGAAAUGAAUGUUUUCUCAGCUUCUCAAUGUCCAAAGAUUGGCAACCCUUCUGAUAUUAGUUCCUCAGAUUCUAUACAUACACAGAAGAUGCUUCGUCUGAGUAUGGAUGUAAGCUCAGAUAGACAUGAGAUUGUCAACCUAGGAGCUUCAGAUAAACAUGAGUUGCCACUCUUGUGGAAAAAUAAUGCUCCCAGUGUGACACUGUCAGACAUUAUUAAUAGCUCAGAAACUCGGCCUGGAAGUUCUCCUCCUGCAAAUAUACAUGAGGAUGAUGAGGAAAUUAAAGGGAAAGGUUGGUUGAUGCUUGUGCAGAAAGAGUUGCGGAAUACUGAUGUUGGUAACCUGGGAAGAAUUGUGCUUCCAAAAAAGGAUGCAGAAGCAAAUCUUCCUCCCCUAGUUGCUAAAGAUGGACUGGUUCUGCAAAUGGAGGACAUGAAAUAUUCAGUUAACUGGAAGUUUAAGUAUAGGUACUGGCCGAACAACAGAAGUAGGAUGUAUGUUAUGGAGAACACAGGAAAUUUUGUAAAAAUGCAUGAUCUUCAGCCUGGUGAUUUGUUUGUAGUUUAUAAGGAUGAAAGCUCUGGAAAAUAUAUUGUUCGUGGAAAGAAGGCAGUGAAACCGGCACAUGCUGAGGAUAAGGAUGGAUCAAUACAUCGACACAGGGUAGGUGAAGCAGACAGGGACUGGUACAGACAGAUUUGGCCAGAACAAGGGACCUCAAUACAGCUCGGUACACUCUGAAACUCCAGUGCAGAACCAAUAAUACAAGUGGCCCAUCUCAAACCGUGCCUCCAGAUGUCAGCCUAGGUGAUACCCUUUGAUCCCUGACAGCUGAAAAUGUACUUUUUACCUUACAUAAGUUCUCUGUAAUUGCUCAAGAAAAAAAUUGAAUAGUUGCUUCCUGUAAUUCAUUUUUGGUAGAUAAAGACUAGUUCUUAGCCUUAUGUAAAUCUAGUUUUGACUGGAAACCAAGGACCUCAGAUGCCUAAUAAAAAAUAUACCCAAAAUCCAGAUGUUUACAAGUCA